AUGGGCUCAGCACCCCCAGCCCCGCACAAGGUCCGCCUCGCCAUCCUCGAAGCCGACACCCCCGUCCCGGGCAUCCAGGCAAAAUACAAGACCUACGGCGGCGUCUUCCGGCACCUCUUCUCCCGCGCCCUCUCCCUCGACUCGCUCGACAGCCCCGACUCCCCGCUCGCCAUCACCCACCACGACGUCGUCAACGGCGACUUCGCCUCGGCCUACCCGGACCCCGAGGACAUCGACGCCGUGUUGAUCACGGGAUCCAAGCACAACUCGUUCGACGCGGACCCCUGGAUCGAGCACCUCGUCCAGUACACCCGGCGCGUCCUCGAGGGAGGGCGCGUCCGCGUCGUCGGCGUGUGCUUCGGGCACCAGAUUGUCGCGCGCGCCCUGGGCGCAGAGGUCGGCAGGAACACGCGCGGCUGGGAGCUGAGCGUCGUCCCGCUCGAGCUCAACGACGAAGGGAAGAAGGUGUUUGGCAGGAGUACACUGAGCAUACACCAAAUGCACCGCGACGCAGUCCUCACCCUCCCCCCCGGGUGCACACCCUUGGCCAGCACCGACGUAUGCGCCAUCCAGGCAAUGUACAUCCCCGACCGGAUGAUUUCCGUCCAGGGCCACCCAGAGUUCACGGCCGACAUGGUCCGCGAGAUCCUCGAGCUGAGAAAGUACGGCGGCAUCCUGGGCGACGACAUCUUUGCCGACGGGAUGCGCAGGGUCGGGGACCACCACGAUGGCGUCGAGAUUGCCAGGACGUUUCUGAGGUUCAUCGGGGCUGGCGAGGAGAAGGUGGAGGCGUAG